UAUAAGGAAGGGCACAUAACUUCCUAAUGCUCGGAAAAUUUGAGAAUGAAGCGAGUUCGUCACGAACAAAUAGGUGGAAUAGUUCAACAUUAUUUGAAAAGGAGACAGUAUUUGGCACCAGAACAACAAACUAGAAAAGAAACAAAAUUGACACAAAAUGUGGAUGACAUGGCCUUCAAGAAUUUACUGAAAAGUGAAUCCUCAUCAGAAAAUAUGUUAUCUCUUAGUAGUCCUUCAGGGGAAGCAAAUCAUUCUGAACAUCAGUUUAACAGAUUUAGAAAGUAUAUCAAUGAUUCCCCUGAGCCAUACAGACAAGAUUUACAGCAAAUUUUACUUCCUGUUUUUGUGCAGCUAUAUUUAGAGCUUUUGUUUAAUAAUCACAAAGUACAAGCAAACAAGUUUUACAGUAGGCAUACCAAGCUAUUUGAUCAUAAUGUGAAAAACAAAGCAACAGUAGAGCAGAUCUAUAAACUAAGUACAAGGGCUGAUAUGUUAUCAUGUAAAGAAGUGACAGACUGGAGGGACAAUAAAUACCAAAUUAAGAUGAGUGAAGAAGCUCUAGAUUAUAUUAGAAGAUAUAUUAAGCAAGAAGAAAACACAAUGAUUGUACAAGUAUUUAACAAAUAUGUUAAGGUAGAGGUUGCUGAACUUGAAUGUAAAAAUCAACAGUUGGAGUUAAAAGAAAGUAAACAAAUUACAAAUGGGGAAGUAUUAGAUCAACAGUCCUCAUCCGAAUCUAUGAAAUUGUUAAAACAGGCCAUAAAAAGUGUACGGGAAGGACAACCAUCUGUAUCAUCUAUAUGUUUUUAUACAUAUAUAAAUGCAUAUCAUGGACUCUGUAGCGUAGAUAUAUCAUCAGACCAGGGUAUGAUUAGUGCUGGAUUUGAGGACUCUUCUAUCAAAAUAUGGAGAGUAUCUCCAGGCUCUCUACAAACCAAAGAAACUGACACAGAUCCAUCCAAACUAUUCCUGGCAGCUGAUUACUGGAAUGUAGAAUCGGAUGAAAGCUCACCAAAAUAUGAAGAAACUGUAACUUUAAAGGCACACAAUGGUUCGGUGUAUAAAACCUAUUUCUUCAAUCAGCUGCCAUAUUUGUUAUCUGGAUCAGAAGAUGGGUCAGUCAGACUAUGGGAUUUAGAUGGUUUUACUAACAAAGUGUGUUACAAAGGCCAUAAUUAUCCAGUAUGGGAUAUAGACAUCAGUAAUAGUAGUGACUACUUCACAAGUUGUUCCCAAGAUAGAACAGCCAAGCUGUGGACAACAGACAGGAUAUAUCCUCUAAGGUCAUUUGUAGGUCAUACAGCAGACAUAGAUUGUGUCAAGUUCCAUCCAAAUAGCAACUACAUAGCAACUGGUUCAAGUGAUAGAACAGUACGUCUCUGGAGUUUACAAGAUGGGAAGAGCGUUAGGCUAAUGCAGGGGCAUAGAGGGACAAUUCUGGCAUUGGCAUUCUCACCAAAUGGACAGUAUUUAGCAUCAGCCGGAGAUGACAGAAGAAUCCGUGUAUGGGACUUGAACACAGGGACUUUGUUUAAAGAGCUUAGAGGUCAUACAGAAACAGUGCAUGCUUUGUCCUUUAACAAAGACAGUACACUACUGGCUUCAGGUGGAAUAGAUUGCUGUAUUAAGGCAUGGGAUGUCAGGAAAGGUGUCAACAAUAACAACACUGUUGUGGAUGGACAUACAAGUGCAGAAUUGAUAGGAAGUUACCAGACUAAAUCUGCAACAGUCAUAUGGUUAAAUUAUACCAAGCACAAUGUUCUACAGGCAGCAGGGGCCAUAUAAUAUCCAUCAGAUAUCUGACAUGACAGGUAUGGUUAGGAGUCUACAGGAAGCAGAGGAUGUAUAACAUCCAUUAGAUACAUGACAUGAAAGGUAUGGCUA